ACGCUCUGUCGCUGUUUUUUUUCUCUCUCCUCGCUGUUCCGUCGUCACCAACAAAAAGGAAAAGACCACUGUCUCUCUCUCCUUCCCUUCCCCCCACCUUCGCUUUCUCUCUCUUCCGCUCCUCCGCGUUCCGAUCGCGAACCCCAUCGAGGACCUCGAUCGGGCUCCCGAGGGCCACGUCCAGAGCCCGCGAAGAGAGCUUUCUCCGUCUCGGAUCUCCACCUCCCCCCAGCUCUCGAGUUCGAGGUCGAGCUCGUUCCGACGAUGAACGACCUUCUCUCGGAGUCCUUUGAGAUCCCUCGGGGUCAAUCUUCUAGAGAUGGGGACAUUGAGCUGGGUGCAAAUGCUCCAAUGCGCUCAGGGGAGCUUGGCUUGGAGAAUUUCUUUAAAAAGAUUCAAGAUAUCGAGAAGCAAAUCGACAAGUUGAACAAAUUGCUGAAGAAACUCCAGGAUGCGCAUGAGGAAUCAAAAGCUGUAACUAAAGCUGCUUCCAUGAAAGUGAUCAAGCAGCGGAUGGACAAAGAAGUUGAUGAAGUUGGAAAGGUUGCUCGUUUGGUCAAAUCAAAGAUUGAAGAACUUGACCGAGAAAAUCUGGCAAAUAGGCAGAAACCUGGUUGCGGAAAAGGUACAGGUGUUGACCGAUCCAGAACACAAACAACUGUCGCCUUGAAGAAAAAGUUUAAAGACAAGAUGGCUGAAUUUCAGGUCCUUAGGGAAAAUAUACAUCAAGAGAAUCGGGAGGUUGUUGAAAGGCGUGUGUUUACUGUAACGGGCACUAGAGCCGAUGAAGAGACAAUUGACAGACUGAUUGAGACCGGAGAUAGCGAACAGAUAUUCCAAAAGGCCAUUCAAGAACAAGGGCGGGGCCAGAUUAUGGAUACUGUUGCUGAAAUUCAAGAGCGCCAUGAUGCUGUCAGAGAUCUAGAGCGCAAGCUUCUGGAUUUGCAGCAGAUAUUCUUGGAUAUGGCUGUGUUGGUGGAUGCCCAGGGAGACUUGCUCGACAAUAUAGAAGCACAGGUAUCAAGCGCGGUGGAUCACGUCCAAAGUGGCAACACUGCACUCCAGAGGGCGAAGAGCCUGCAGAAGAACUCUAGGAAAUGGAUGUGCAUCGCGAUCCUAAUCCUACUCAUCAUCGUGGUGAUAAUUGUUGUCACAGUGCUCAAACCCUGGAGUAGCAACAAAGGUGCUUAAGAGGGCUUCACGUGUUGUUUGCUGUAUAAAUAGAAGAGCAAUGUCGUGAAUUGUUUAACAGGUCUCCUGGAUAUUCCCUGUUUAUCAUUGGUGGUCGGCGUGUUUUGACCCUGCGUUCUUCAACGUGGCAAUCUGAGUGUUUACUGUUUCUAUAGCAGAACGAGUAAUUUUAGUGCGGAUGUCCUCCUGGUCCUGUACCUGUACCUGAUUCAAAAUUCUUUGGUUGCUGCUUCAUCUAUGAAUUCUUUGUUCUGGGGAA